AUGACACCAGCAACAGCAGCAGCAGCCGCAGCGACAAAAGCAGCCUCCACCAACCUCGACGUCACGCACGCCUACCGGCGCCUCUACCGCAGCCUCCUGCAGGCGGUGCGGUACUCUGCUCCGGCGCGGUACGUGGCGCGGGACCAGCUGCGGGCGGCGUUUCGGGAGAAGGAGAAGAAGCCCGGGCAGCACGGGGCAUCGGCGGCGGCGGUGCUGGACGGGGAGGGCGUCAAGAGGACGGUCUGGUUCCUGGAGGCGGCGGCGCGGGAGAGGGGGCUGGAGCACAGGAUCUUGAAGAACCUGGUGAGGGUGAGGUUGGAGAGCGGGUGGGGGGUGAGGAGUUGGCGGAGGGCGGUGAAUGAGUCGAAGCAGAAAGCCGAUAUGAAGCAGUUGCAGCAGGAGGGAAUGAAGCAUUAUAACAUGACGGUUGCGAUGUUGAAUAAGAGCAUGGGGCUUUGUCUACGAUGA